AUGGAAGAAGAGAAAUCUGUUUUUAAAAGAAAAUUUAGCAAAAGUUUAUGUAUUUCUGUCUCCAAGAAGUGCAAAAUCAUUGACGAAGAAUCAUGUGCUGCUAUAAGAUCUUUAAACAAGUCAUCAAAAUCUAUUUCUGAAAAUAUUGAUAAAAAUCUGAUUGGUAUUCCUCAUCACUGUGCUGAAAGGUCAUUGCACUGUCCUUUAAGUACUAAUAUAAAAAUAUCUCAAUUAAAACCAUUCAAAGCUCUUCCGAUGCCUUCUUUUCCACCCCCAUCGAUUCAUUUAAGCACUAAAGAAUCAACGAAGCCUAUUUCUAUAAUUCUUCAUAGUGAAAUUCGGAAUGCAAAACGAGAGAAAUAUAAUGAAAUGAUCAAAGCUCUACAAGAAAAAAUCAAAAUAAAUAAAGAAAAAACUGAUAAGGAAAAAGAAAUUAAAGAAAUUGAGGACAUAAGAAAAAGCGCUGUGUUUAAAGCUAGACCAUUGCCUGAGCAAGCGCCCCCAAUGCCGCCAAUGAAAAGUACAAGACCUCUAACAAUUCCGAUUGAGCCAAAAUUUCUGACGGAGAUAAGAGCGCAAAUAAGAGAAUCAAAAAAAAUUGAAAAAUAA